AUGUUCUGCCCUGCACCCAUACAUUUGUCCGGCAGCCCAGUGCGGCCCGGCACGGCACAGCAGAGCAGCGCGGGCACAGGAGUGAGGGCACAGCUACUCCCGACAGUGGGGCCUCACCUCGUCUCCCACAUGGACGGGCCCGAUAAGCGGCCCGUCCCCUCGCUGUCCCCGUAUUAUGCUGCCGCAGCAGCACAGGUCCGACUGCCGUGCCAGCCAGGCAGCCAUGUGAUGUGCUGGAGAGUGUGCACUGCGGACUGCGGCGCGGCUCAGCGUGAUGCGGGGCGGAGCGGCACUCGUGCAGGCAACUGCACGUGUGCCGCUCCGUAUGGCGAGAAAAUUUUUUCUACCCAGAGGCCUCCCACUGGAAAGCUGGCUUUAGGGCGCAAAAAUUAUCCCAUUAGGGCUCCGAGGACUUUACAACUCACAGCCUCAAUACCGUUGCGGACACGCACAUGUUCCCGGUGCUAG